CACUCAGCAAGCGACCAGGAACCGGUGUUAGCCAAAUCGGUCGUGACUUAAUUGGUGGAAAAUGGCGCUGUCUCAAGGAACAAAGAGAAAAGUUUGCUAUUAUUAUGACGGUGAUGUGGGUAACUACUACUAUGGCCAGGGCCACCCUAUGAAGCCCCACAGGAUCCGCAUGACACACAACCUCCUCCUCAACUAUGGUCUCUACAGGAAGAUGGAGAUCUACAGGCCACACAAAGCCAGCGGUGAGGAGAUGACCAAAUACCACAGUGACGACUACAUCAAGUUCCUCAGGUCCAUCCGACCGGACAACAUGUCUGAGCACAGCAAACAGAUGCAGAGAUUCAAUGUCGGAGAGGAUUGUCCGGUGUUUGACGGCCUGUUUGAGUUCUGCCAGCUCUCCACAGGCGGCUCCGUGGCUGGAGCGGUGAAGCUAAACAAGCAGCAGACUGACAUCGCCGUCAACUGGGCGGGAGGACUCCAUCAUGCCAAAAAAUCUGAAGCCUCCGGUUUCUGCUACGUCAACGACAUCGUCCUCGCCAUCCUGGAGCUGCUCAAGUACCACCAGCGAGUGUUGUACAUCGACAUCGACAUCCAUCACGGCGACGGCGUGGAGGAAGCCUUCUACACUACUGACAGAGUCAUGACCGUCUCCUUCCACAAGUACGGCGAGUACUUCCCAGGCACCGGAGAUUUGAGAGACAUCGGCGCCGGGAAAGGGAAGUACUACGCUGUGAACUACCCACUCAGAGACGGAAUUGAUGACGAGUCUUACGAAGCCAUCUUUAAACCUAUCAUGGCUAAAGUGAUGGAGAUGUACCAGCCAAGUGCGGUGGUGCUGCAGUGUGGAGCUGAUUCACUAUCAGGAGACAGACUGGGCUGCUUCAACCUCACCAUUAAAGGCCACGCCAAGUGUGUGGAAUACAUGAAAAGCUUCAACCUCCCACUGCUGAUGUUGGGCGGCGGCGGCUACACCAUCCGCAACGUAGCCCGCUGCUGGACCUAUGAGACGGCCGUGGCGCUGGACUGCUCCAUCCCCAACGAGCUGCCCUACAAUGACUAUUUUGAGUACUUCGGGCCCGACUUCAAGCUCCACAUCAGCCCGUCCAACAUGACCAACCAGAACACAAACGAGUACCUAGAGAAGAUCAAACAGCGGCUCUUUGAAAACCUGCGCAUGCUGCCCCACGCGCCCAGUGUGCAAAUGCAGGCCAUUCCUGAGGACGCUCCCCACGCGGACAGUGGGGACGAGGAUGAAGAGGAUUCUGACAAACGUGUGUCAAUCCGUGCACAUGACAAGAGGAUAGCCUGCGACGAGGAGUUCUCCGACUCAGACGAUGAGGCUGAAGGCCAGGGUGGCGGCCGCCGGAACUCAGCCAAUCACAAGAAGGCGAAACGAGUGAAGAAGGAAGAGCGAGAAGGGGAGGAUAAGAAAGAUGUAAAGGAAGAACAUAAGAUGGAUAUAUCAGUAGCAAAAGAAGAGGCAAAGACUACUUGAAGUUAUGUUUGGGCACUCAAAGUCUUCUGCUGCUGAAUUAAGCGAACAUCCUGCUUUUAUUGGUGACCCACACACUCAACCAAACAAACCUCUUCUCUACUCAGUGGUAGCUCUCGUAUUUGUUUGAACACUCACUAUGCUUUCACAAGUCAACGUGGGGGUCUUCAACUCCACCCAGAUAAUGUUCCCUGUAGUAUGAAACAAAUGCAGUGCUCAUGUAAAAACCCUUUCCUUAGAAGAUAAAAAUUAUCCUUGCUCAAGAGGACUCAUGCUAAAGCUCCUUUUUGGUCAGUAUUCAAAUUUUAAACCUACUGUUAAGUUAUUUUACACCGUCCAUGUUUUUAUAAAUUGUGUUGUCUGUGCACCCUGUGGAGUUUCUCACCUCAAGAGGCACUUAAAAAAAAAAAGUAUUCCAUGUCGUGGUGUUGUUGUAGUAGUAGUACUAGUACCAGCAAGUAAACUUAUUCCAUACUUGACUAUGACCUCAAGGACACAAAAGCUCUGAGAGCUCCACAGGGUCACUCCUACAUGAAUGAUUUUCUAUUUGAAGUGAUAUUUUUUACUGUUUCACCUGUAAGAGUGCUGGUGAACAUGUGUGCUUGUGAUGAAUGUGUUGUCCUGACAUUCAAAUAAACAAGUUGGUUACAAAACAACACAGGCACUUUAUGACC